AUGUUAGUUCAACAUUAACCCAGAGGGGUCAGGACAGACAAUUCCUCAGUGACCCAGGAGCUGACACACUAUGGCGCACGUCCGAGGCCUGCAGCUGCCUGGCUGCCUGGCCCUGGCUGUCCUGUGUAGCCUUGUGCACAGCCAGCAUGUGUUCCUGGCUCCUCAGCAAGCGCUGUCGCUGCUCCAGCGGGUCCGGCGAGCCAGCAGCGGCUUCCUGGAGGAGGUGUUCAAGGGCAACCUGGAGCGAGAGUGCAUGGAGGAGAUGUGCAGCUACGAGGAGGCCUUCGAGGCUCUGGAGUCCUCCACGGCCACGGAUGCUUUCUGGGCCAAGUACACAGCUUGUGAGACGGUGAGGACGUCUCGAGAUACGCUUGCUGCAUGUCUGGAAGGUAACUGUGCUGAGGGUCUGGGUACGAACUACCGAGGGCAUGUGAACAUCACCCGGUCAGGCAUUGAGUGCCAGCUAUGGAGGAGUCGCUACCCACAUAAGCCUGAAAUCAACUCCACCACCCAUCCCGGGGCCGACCUGCAGGAGAAUUUCUGCCGCAACCCUGACGGCAGCACCACAGGACCCUGGUGCUACACUACAGACCCCACCGUGAGGAGGGAGGAAUGCAGCAUCCCUGUCUGUGGCCAGGAUCAAGUCACUGUAGCGAUGACUCCACGCUCCAGAGGCUCCAGUGUGAAUCUGUCACUUCCAUCAGAGGAGUGUGUCCCUGAUCGGGGGCGGCAGUACCAGGGGCGCCUGGCAGUGACCACACAUGGGCUCCCCUGCCUAGCCUGGGCCAGUGCGCAGGCCAAGGCCCUGAGCAAGCACCAGGACUUCGACUCGGCCGUGCAGCUGGUGGAGAACUUCUGCCGCAACCCAGACGGGGAUGAGGAGGGCGUGUGGUGCUAUGUGGCCGGGAAGCCUGGUGACUUUGAGUACUGCGACCUCAACUAUUGUGAGGAGGCCGUGGAUGAGGAGACAGGAGAUGGGCUGGGUGAGGACACAGACAGGGCCAUCGAAGGGCGUACCGCCACCAGUGAGUACCAGACUUUCUUCGAUCCGAGGACCUUCGGCUUGGGAGAAGCAGACUGUGGGCUGCGACCUCUGUUUGAGAAGAAGUUGCUGGAGGACAAAACUGAAGGAGAACUCCUGGAAUCCUACAUCGACGGGCGCAUUGUGGAGGGCUGGGAUGCAGAGAUCGGCAUGUCACCUUGGCAGGUGAUGCUUUUCCGGAAGAGUCCCCAGGAGCUGCUGUGUGGGGCCAGCCUCAUCAGUGACCGCUGGGUCCUCACCGCCGCCCACUGCCUCCUGUACCCGCCCUGGGACAAGAACUUCACUGAGAAUGACCUUCUGGUGCGCAUUGGCAAGCACUCCCGCACCAGGUAUGAGCGAAACAUUGAAAAGAUAUCCAUGCUGGAAAAGAUCUACAUCCACCCCAGGUACAACUGGCGGGAGAACCUGGACCGGGACAUUGCCCUGAUGAAGCUGAAGAAGCCCGUUACCUUCAGCGACUACAUCCACCCUGUGUGCCUGCCCGACAGGGAGACGGCAGCCAGCUUGUUCCAGGCUGGAUACAAGGGGCGGGUGACAGGCUGGGGCAACCUGAAGGAGACGUGGACGGCCAACGUUGGUAAGGUGCAGCCCAGCGUCCUGCAGGUGGUGAAUCUGCCCAUCGUGGAGCGGUCGGUCUGCAAGGACUCUACUCGGAUCCGCAUCACUGACAACAUGUUCUGUGCUGGUUACAAGCCUGGUGAAGGGAAACGAGGGGAUGCCUGUGAAGGCGACAGCGGGGGACCCUUUGUCAUGAAGAACCCCUUAAACAAACGCUGGUAUCAAAUGGGCAUCGUCUCAUGGGGUGAAGGCUGUGACCGGGAUGGGAAAUAUGGCUUCUACACACACGUGUUCCGCCUGAAGAAGUGGAUACAGAAGGUCAUUGAUCAGUUUGGAGAUUAGGGGGCCACCCAUAUUCUGGGCUCCUGGAACCAAUCCAGUGAAAUAAUUAUUUUGCUGUUUCUAAAACUAUGGUUCCCAAUAAAAGUGACUCUCAACGA